ACCCUUGGCAUGCUAGAGAAGAAAGAAAAGAUGCUGGAAAAGAAGGCUGACUCAGAGGUCGAGCGAGCAAAGCAAUUUAUCAAAGCAAACAACAAAAGAGCUGCCAUGCAAUGUUUAAAGAAGAAGAAAUUAUAUGACGUACAAAUUCAGCAAAUAAGAAAUUUCCAGCUACGCGUCCAGGAUCAGAUGGUUCUGCUAGAAGGCGCAAAAGCUACUACAGAUACUGUGGAUGCAUUAAGAACAGGAGCAGCGGCUAUCAAAAAGAUGCAACAAGAGAUGAAUAUCGAUGAUGUCGAUAAGACCAUGGGAGAGAUACACGAUCAGGUGGACGACUUAAGGCAGAUACAGGAAGCAUUGUCUGCUCCACUUGGUGUAGCAGAUUUCGAUGAGGAUGAGUUGGAGGAAGAACUCCUCGCGUUGGAGGACGACGAUCGUGUUGAAGAAAAAUUGCAGGAACAGAUUCUUCGGCCAGUCACUGUUUCCACCUCCCAGCCGGUAGAUCAUGCAAGACAGCCAGCAUCUCCCAGUAGCCGUUUAUUGGCAGUAUCUCAGGAAACAAAGGAAAAGGAGGAGCUCGACGAGUUAAUAGCGGAGAUGGCAAUCUAA